AUGAUCUGUUCUCCACCACCUCCGCCCCGAUGUGCUCUCAUAGCGAAAGCAUUGAAAAAAUCUCGUACUCCGUGCUCAAAUAGUUUUGGUCCUUUUCCGGAUGAGUCGCUAACCGCCGCUUUGGACCGUUUGCUACAUUUGCUGGGCGCUCGCAAAUUUCAAAGAUACUUUAAUAUGACGACUCCUUCACAAGAAAGUAUCGAUAAUGAAUGCGAGUUCACUGUGCGAUCAAUAGAGAGUUCCCCUAAGCAAUGCCUUUCCUGUUCAAGGAUCUCUCCAUUCACCAAGGGUACAGACUGCAGCCCAAGUUCAUGCGAAAAACAUUAUGUCUGCUCUAAAAUGAACAUUAGUCCAGCACAGGUGUUAAUGCCUUGUAUAAAAAAUCCUUGCUCUAAUCGAGGUGCAGUAAAGGAUGAAUACGGUUGCAAAGAGCAUUCUCGGCAAGGCGUGAAUGUUAACAUUCUGAAAAGAUCAUUUUCAUUGUGCUCCUUAGCCUGUCGUAAAGUGAAAGAAAAAUGGUUUUGUUCAUCCAAAGCGACUACGCCACGUUGGCUAUGGACCAAAGUACAAAAUCAAUACAAUGGCUGCCAAGUAUAUGAAGUGUUCAAAAAUUCAACCGUAUCCUCCCAUCCGACUCACUUCGAUACUUGUCAAGCUGCCCGUAUUAUAUUCAUAAUAUUGCCUUCGGGCAUUAUAAUGCCCUUUGAAACGUUACCUUCGCAUUAG